UUUCAGUCGUUGUAGGAUCACUGAGAUUAGUUAGAGAUGCUGAUGUUUGCGUGACGACCGCCACCCGCCGCUGGAUGGAGCUCCACAGCCGCCUGUGUGCUGAGCUGCACGGGCGCAAAGCGGCGGGGCUCCAGCUCAGCCCUCGCCCAGCCCCCCACACGCCAAACCGGCCUGCCUCGGCUCAACAAGGUGGGGGGUGUCGGAGCGCGGCUGUUGCUGAAGCCGCUGUUCUCGCUCGCUGGCAUUUUGAACCACCCUGGAAAGAGCAGCCACCGGGCGGGUUUCCCUCGCGUCUUCUUGGGGAUGUUGAAACCGACGCACGCCGGCUGAAGAAGGUGGUUUUCCGUAGCAUUUCGUGACACAACCCUUAGCCGGAGGUAGCUAAGCACAAAGGCGUUCAUCCAGCCGCCAGCCGAGGUUAGCUAACGGGAGCUAGCUUGCUAACAACACAGCCGGUGAGGACGACCCUGCGCAGCCGUACGCGGGUUAAUCUCCUGCCGCCUCGCGUUCGCUGUGUUUUGGCGAUAUCCGUGUUAGCAUUGAGCCGUCGCUGCUCAUGCCCGGGACACUGGGAGCUGCGUGUGUGCGUAGCGGGCUUGGGCUGCGUGUUUUUCCAGCUAGCGACGACGGAGCUUCGGUCCAGCAGCAUCCAGGGAUGGUGGCGGUAGCAGGAGCGUGUUAACGCUGCUUCCCCGAGUGCGAACGAGCCCGUGGAAGAAGCGAGGCGCCGCUUUAAGCCAACUAGGAGGGGGACUCCUCGGUUCCGUCGGCACAGGGUUGUCAUUCCUGGAGGUUGAUGCCGCUGACAACGCUCGGAACACGGCGGGGCUGACGCUGCGGACAUCGCUAACCGAUCGAAGGGGAUUAAUUUCGCUUCUCUAUAAGUGGAUUUCGGCCUCUUCCUCUUCAGGAGGAGAACACCGGGACGUGAUUUGACAUUGAGUGAACCCCCGACAACCUCCCGCUGUCCCCGCGACCUUCCCACCGCUGGUUUACCCUCCCCAUCCGAUGCGGAGAUCUCAGUAGCACCGGCGACCCAAUUUCCCCCCACCCGGUGGCCGGACAUGCUGAAGUGUAUCCCCCUGUGGCGCUGCAACCGCCACGUCGAGUCGGUGGACAAGCGGCACUGCAACCUGCAGACGGUCCCCGAUGAGGUGUUCCGCUACAGCCGCAGCCUGGAGGAGCUCCUGCUCGAUGCCAACCAGCUCAAAGAGCUACCAAAGCCUUUCUUCAGACUACUGAACCUACGGAAGCUUGGCCUGAGUGACAAUGAGAUCCAGAGGCUGCCACCUGAGGUGGCCAACUUCAUGCAGCUGGUGGAACUGGACAUCUCCAGAAACGACAUUCCUGAGAUCCCCGAGAGCAUAAAGUUUUGCAGGGCCUUAGAGAUCGCAGACUUCAGUGGAAAUCCCCUCUCCAGAUUGCCAGAUGGUUUCACUCAACUCCGAGCGCUGGCUCACUUGGCACUCAACGAUGUGUCACUUCAGGCACUGCCCAACGACAUUGGAAACCUGGCCAACCUGGUGACGUUGGAGCUCAGGGAGAACCUGCUGAAGUCUCUGCCCUCGUCACUCUCUUUUCUGGUGAAACUGGAACAACUGGACCUGGGCAGCAAUGAACUGGAAGUUUUGCCGGACACCCUUGGGGCCCUCCCCAACCUGAGGGAGCUGUGGCUGGACCGUAACCAGUUGUCCUCAUUACCACCGGAGCUGGGGAACCUCCGGAAACUGGUGUGUCUGGAUGUGUCAGAGAAUCGUCUGGAGGAGCUUCCCUUGGAGAUCAACGGCCUCCUGGCCCUCACUGACCUGCUGCUCACACAGAACCUGCUGGAGGUCGUCCCUGACAGCAUAGGUUGUUUGAAGCAGCUGUCUAUACUGAAGGUGGACCAGAACAGACUGACCCAGCUGACCGACUCAAUAGGGGAAUGUGAAAACCUCACAGAACUGGUCUUGACGGAGAACCUUUUACAAUCACUUCCUCGCUCUCUGGGCAAACUGAAGAAGCUGACCAACCUGAAUGUAGACCGCAACCGUUUGGGCAGUGUGCCCAAAGAGCUGGGCGGUUGUGCCAGCCUCAACGUUCUCUCCUUGAGAGACAACCGCCUUGGCAAACUGCCUGCCGAGCUGGCCGAUGCUACUGAGCUGCAUGUGCUGGAUGUGGCUGGAAACAGAUUACAAAACUUGCCUUUUGUGCUGACAAACCUCAACCUGAAGGCCAUGUGGCUCGCAGAGAACCAGUCGCAGCCGAUGCUCAAGUUCCAGACAGAGGAUGAUGAGCAAACUGGAGAGAAGGUGUUGACCUGCUAUCUACUGCCCCAGCAGCCUUCCCCAAGCCUAGAAAACUUGCUACAGAACAGCGUGGAUGACAGCUGGACAGACAGCAACCUGAACAGAGUGUCUGUCAUUCAGUUCCAGGAAGAGACCAAGGCUGAGGACGAGGAUGAUGAGGCUGCAGCAGAGCGCAGAGGUCUUCAGCGCAGAGCCACACCGCACCCCAGUGAGCUGAAGGUGAUGAAGAAGGUGAUUGAGGAGAGGAGGAAUGAGGCUUACACAACCAGAUUUGAAGGAGAAGAAGAGUCCUCUGACCAACAGGAGAAACGGCUCAGCGACCUCUCCAAUCAAAGUCACGACUCCCAGGUAUCCAACAGCACAAUAUCGGCCACCUCCCACGAGGAGAGACAGAACACGACUGCCGUCUCGCGGAGGGAGAAUCACGUGGAUGGCCGUUCCCCUCAGGAGGACGAGCUGGACGAGAUGGAGGUGGAGUACAUUGAGCCCACUGUGCACUUUGCAGAGGAGCCCAUCAUCCGCUGCAGGGAUGAGGACGAGGAUGAGGAUGUGGAAGACGGUGAGAGGAGUGAUGAAGAGGAGAGGCCGACCAUUCCCGCAGAGAAGCAGCGUCUGAUCCGAAAGGACACGCCGCAUUACAAGAAGCACUUCAAGAUCACCAAGUUGCCCAAGCCUGAGGCGGUGGCAGCACUGCUGCAGGGCUACACUGCUGACAGCCUCAAUGCUCAGAAAAAGGCGGCUGAGGAAGAGGAGGAUGAAGAUGAGCAGAGUAUUGGUACCCCUCAGCACCCUCACAGAGUGGAUGAGCUGGAGGACAGCCGGCAACAUGUCAACUCCAGUCAAGUGAAGGGGGUGUCAUUUGAUCAAGUCAAUAAUCUGCUGAUUGAACCUGCUCGAAUUGAGGAGGAAGAGUAUACCUUGUCCAUCCAGCGACAGACAGGCGGUCUGGGCAUCAGCAUUGCCGGAGGGAAAGGAUCCACGCCUUACAAAGGAGAUGACGAGGGAAUCUUUAUCUCCAGAGUAUCUGAGGAGGGUCCUGCAGCCAGAGCGGGGGUCAAAGUGGGAGACAAACUCUUAGAGGUGAAUGGAGUCAACCUCAAUGAGGCAGAACAUCACACAGCGGUGGAAGCUCUCCGCAGCUCCGGUGCUUCAGUGUCCAUGUCGGUGCUCCGGGAGCAUAUGGUGGAGCCAGAGAACGCCAUCACCACCACGCCACUGAGGCCGGAGGACGACUACUUCCCGCGGGAGAGACGCAGCAGCGGCAUCGCCUUCAACAUGGAGCCCAGCCUCAGCGGGCCCAUGCAGCGGCUGUCCACCUCCCUGUUCCGCAACGACAAGGGGCUGGGAUUCAGCAUCGCGGGGGGGAAAGGCUCCACGGCGUACCGCACAGGGGACACGGGAAUCUACAUCUCUCGUAUUGCAGAGGGUGGAGCGGCCCACAGAGACAGCACGCUGCGUGUAGGAGACCGGGUGAUCACUAUCAAUGGUGUAGACAUGACAGAGGCCAGGCAUGACCAGGCAGUAGCUCUUCUUACCGGCACCUCCCCCACAAUCGCUCUCCUGGUGGAGCGAGACCCGAAUGCACCAGGGGGCUCUCCAGGUCAAUCCCGGGCACGUGCCCACUCCCCUCCACCCCCAGAACCCUCCGAUUCUCCGGACCAGGAGGAAGAGGGCCUCUCGAGUCACGGGAACAACCUGAGUCGGAUGGAAGACGAGUACCCAAUCGAGGAGGUAAUCCUCAUGAAAUCAGGUGGCCCCCUUGGCUUGAGCAUAGUGGGAGGCAGUGAUCACGCCAGUCAUCCAUUCGGCAUCAAUGAGCCGGGAGUGUUCAUCUCAAAGGUGAUUCCUCAGGGCCUGGCAUGUCAAAGCGGACUUCGUGUUGGAGACCGAAUAUUAGAGGUGAACGCCAUCGACCUGCGUCAUGCCACUCACCAGGAGGCGGUGCGAGCCCUGCUGGCCAACAAGCAGGAGAUCCGUAUGCUGGUGCGGAGGGAUCCCUCACCGCCUGGGAUGGAGGAAAUCGUCAUCCAGAAGCAGCCGGGGGAGAAGCUCGGCAUCAGUAUUCGUGGAGGGGCCAAGGGUCACGCUGGAAACCCCUUUGAUCCCACGGACGAGGGAAUCUUCAUCUCAAAGGUGAGCUCAAGUGGAGCAGCAGCAAGAGACGCCCGACUGCAGGUGGGCAUGCGGAUCCUGGAGGUGAACAACCACAGCCUGCUGGGGAUGACGCACACGGAGGCAGUGCGGGUGCUUCGUGCUGUGGGAGACUCUCUGUUCAUGCUGGUGUGUGACGGGUUCGACCCAAACAAAGUGACAGCUGUGGAGGCGUCUCCUGGCAUCAUUGCAAACCCGUUUGCAACAGGCAUUGUGCGCAAGAACAGUAUGGAGAGCAUCUCUUCUAUAGACCGAGAUCUGAGCCCGGAGGAAAUGGAGAUCAUGCAGAAGGAGUCUGAGAUGGUGAGAGAGACGUCGCAGUGGGAGCGAGAAGAGAUGGAGAAAGUGGAGCAAAUGCGCUUGGACCGUGAGGAGGCAACUCGCCUGCUAGAAGAGGAGACUGAGAACAUCGGCACUGGACCUUUAAAACUUGACUACAAAACCCUGGCUGCUCUUCCCACCACCAGUCUGCAGAAGGUCAACAGGUUCUCUACCUCUUCCACUGUGACUGCUCCCAUGGAGGCCCCCCUACAGGCCCAGUACGGAGCCCCCUUAGAGCCCCUGGGCCUCAGCUUAGCUCACCCCACAAACCCCCUCAGCCACAUGGAUCCCGAGUCCUGCCCUGGUCUAAACGCAGAGCAUAAUUUUCUCAAUGGAUCCGAGUUCGUCCCCAAUGGGAGUUCCAGAGCCGACAGCGCCUGCUCGUCAACAACCAUUAACUCAGCUACAUUUGGCCCUGAAGAAGAGGAGAACCUGGUGGACUCUCAGUCCAUCUGCUUCAAGGAGAACCCUUUCCUGGUGGCCAAUCGCAGGGGAAAAGGUCGCCCCCCCGGCCAGCAGCUCCUGUCGGGGCCUCCUGUCGGCUACGGGAAACCCGGCCAACUGCAGCCGUGGUUGUUCAGCAAGGCCCCUUCCUCUGAUUUCACCAGGACAGACAGCCCCAUCAGGGAAACACCCUACUCCCCCACCAUCCAGCCGCCCAGCCACCACUCUUCCAACAGCUCCCUGGCAGGCAGGGAGACCCGCUUCGCAAACAUUCAUUGCACCUCAACUCCCACUGCCAAGGACAACAGCCCAUCAUCAACGCGACCGGGUGCCAUCCAGCCGGUCGGCCGUGUGUGGCCGAGUACCUCCCCCGCCACUCCGGAAGGCCACAGUCCCAACCCCUUUCAGCAUGGCCCCUCCCCCUUCAACUCCCAGACCUCUCCUCGCGCCCCCUCCCCCACCUCGCCCGACGAGUUCCCCAUGAAUGUCAAGCAGGCAUACAAGGCGUUUGCCGCCGUGCCUCGCUCACUGGCCGUGCUGGAGCCGCCGCAGGAGCUGUAUGGUGUGAGGAACAAUUUUCAUCCGAAGCAACCUUCUCCAGAGCCUGAGUUGCACAACGAGGUGUUUGAUGAUGACAUAGAUGGUCAGGAGGGAGCUGGGAAGGCUGUGACCUGCCCGGUCUCCCCCCGGCGGGAAUAUAUGAGCCUGGCAGCAUUGCCACGUCACUCCAGGCCUUCACUGGACCUGCAGAGUCCUUCUCCUGGGGGCACGGGCAGUCCAGAGCAGCGAUCCUUCAGGGACAGACAGAAGUAUUUUGAGAUCGACGUGAAGCAGCAGACUCCUGAAAAACCCAAACCUCGAGUCUCUCUUGUUGGAGAGGAUGACCUCAAGAACAUGAGGGAGGAAGAAGCGAGGAAGUUUGAUCUGCGGGCGCAGGAGUACCUCCUGGACGAAGAUGAGGAUGAUGAGGAGGAGGACUUGGCCAAGCAGGUGGCUCAGAUGAAGGCCAGUGGCAAAGUGUUGCUGGACGGCGUGGAGUAUAAAGUGGAGCCAGUGUCCAGCCCUUCUCAGCACUGCGCUACACCCCCGAGCUACAACCUCACACCACCGAGCUACUGUGGCAGCUCAGGACCCUCCUCUGUUGACGGUAAAGGAGACUCUCAGAGGAAUUCAAUGGAGGACAGCUUCAGGCUGGAUCAGAGGCCCAACUCCAUGACAGGUCUGAUCCCAGCGUAUCAAGGGGAGUCGGCGGCUCCCAUCCGCACGGCCAAGGCAGAGCGCCGACAUCAGGAGAGGCUUCGUAUGCAGAGCCCCGAGCUGGCGUUCGCCCUCGACAAGGACCUGUCCCCGGCCGAGAAGCGCGCUCUGGAGGCUGAGAAAAGAGCCAUGUGGAGAGCAGCACGGCCCUGUGGUCUAGAGGACGAUGUUAGGCAGUAUGAGCAGGACCUGGCUAAGAGGCUCUACCAGGCCCGGGUGAGGGCGUCUCAGGGCACGGCUGAGGCCCCCCAGCCCCCCACCUCCUCCUCUACCUCCUCCUCUGCAGCCUCCCAGCUCAGGAUGAAGUCUCUGGAGCAGGAUGCGCUGAAGGCUCAGAUGGUCAUCGCAAAGUCUCGAGAUGGGAAGAAACGUGGGACGUUAGACCAGCUGACGGAGUCUCCAUCACCUGCUCCCACACCGUCUCCUACACCCAUGGAAGAGCUCAGUCCUUGUGGAGUCACUUCACCGGGCAGACUGUCCCUGUCGUCAAAGAAGUUUGACUACCGACAGUUUGCCGCCAUUCCUUCUUCCAAACCCGUAUACGACAUCCAGUCUCCUGACCCAGUGGAGGACCUGCAGUUUAUUGACGACGGCUCCAGCAGCCCAGGACCCACUGGCAACCCCGAGGCAGAGGUCGCCCCCCCGCCGCCCGCCACCUCCGCCCUGGAGGAGAUGGCCUUGUACAGCAACAAGCGCAAACUGAGGCAGGGCCGCCGCAGCCUGGAAACCGCCGUGCCCACGUAACCCCUCACACCCCGAGAGACGGAACCCGAACACACACACACACAUUCACACGCGCUGUGGAACACUGGCAGAAAAAAAACACGAGGGUGCCGAGUCACUCAACACUACACGGUGUCAGUAGAGCCAGAGUUACUCUCACACAUAUAUAACCACUGCAGAGACUACAGAGCUUGAUAGUUGCCGCACACACACACUCACACUCACACACUUAUAUCCUGCGUGCCAGUCUUGCCUUUACAGUCUGGGUGAGUCGGCAAGUUGCUCAACGGGCGAGGCAGAGCCUGUGUGGUUAACUAGGAUCGCUACUUACAGACAUUCUGUUUUUAUUUUUAUCCACGCUCUGCCUAGUAGAUCUAUUUUAACAAGAGGUGACCGAAAUAUUUAGUUUUUUUGUUUUAUAUUUGUCUCGCUCCAAUGAUUUAAGAAAACAAAACAAAAAAAACGUACUGGAAAAGAAAUGGGUCAUAUCUGUACUAAUGAUAUUUUUAGACUUUCAGUGACUAGAUUGUAAAAUGUCGGGGGGGAGGGUUCUUGUGACAAGGGCGGACAGGAGUGUACAUAUUAACUGAGGGAACUUCCUGCUACCUUCACGCGCACUAGCUUUUAAAAAAACACACAUAUUGUUAUGUUGCACUGACACUGAUCAGCUUUUUAAGAACAUAUCUUUACUAAUUUAUUGUUUUACUCAAUUUGAAGGCCUUUUAUUUUACCCUGUUUUAACACAUCCAGUCCCUCUGGGUUCAAGAGGUUUAAGCAUAAUCCCAGAUUAUACAUUUCUCCUUGAGGAGUUGCUCAUUACUUUAUCAUUAAAUCUGCUUUAUUAACGUGACCAGGGGUGUUUUGAUUUGAUCAUUUCUCCAGCUUUAGACGGCGUGGAUGAAAUCAGCAUCAAACUGAAAUGUAUGACCACCUGCUGGUGGUUGGAGCAGUUACAGCCACUCAGAAUAUUGAAUAUCAACAUUUGGGAACAUGCAUCAUUUUGCUAUUUAACGGUACUGACCCUGCCUUACCCUUACCCCGUUUUUUAAAUAUUGAAUCAAUGUGAAUCAUUCAUUUCUAUUCUUUGUUUCAUCAAGUGACGUGAAGGUAGCAGGUGUUUUUUUUUUUCUGUCUAUGGAUAAUUUAAAUCUGAUGCCACUGAGAAAAAAAAAUAAGUCAUUUAUUGUUGUGUGAAUAAUGUACAAAUACUGAAAGAAGAAAAAAGCAAACUUUGGGUUGGACACAGAGCCGGUUUGGAGCCGGACCAAUCGAGUGCGUGGGUCUGGACGGGCUCAGCAUGUAUAUUGAUCUGUUGGUGGGAGAGCUGCGAGAGGUCGGAGCCCAUGAGAAGCUCCUCUGGACCCGUUGACCACGAUCAGCUCACCGCUGGACGUUCUGUCGGUUUAGGAAUCUGACGGGUAUUUUUGCAGAAUCACAGCAUCGUAGCAUUUUGUGUUAAUUUAAUGUAGGGUCUUCUAAUUCUAGCUUUCCAUGUUGCUCACGGACUGAAAUUCAGUUUGUUUGAUAACAUUUUCAAUCGCUGAUCUCUUCUUUUUUUUUUUUUAAACUUACAGUAGAUCUUUUAUUUCCCUGGUGGGUUUCACUACAUUAAUUAAUGCAGUGUUUCAAGUUUGUGUUGAUUCUUUUGUCUUGAGUUCUGUUUGGGGGCUUUUACUUGCAAAUAGGUCGGAGGGAUUGGGUCAGAAGUCCCGGGGUCGAGGGUUAGAGCUCAUACAAGACUGUAACUAGUGAAUUUGUACAACCAAAGAAGUCUAUUUUGUCGUUCAGGAAUAAUAAAUUUUACUUUUCAUUUAAGAAGCUGA